AUGGCCACUGCAAUUGAACUGUCCACCAUGGAGGUGGAAAAAUUGUGUCACCAAUAUUUUGGUCAGAAGGAUCUCUUCGGAUCCGAAAACCCCUCUUCUAAUGGAAAUUUACACUUGAAUGUAAUCCGUUAUCAAUUACAACCCAUAUCCGAUAGUCCUUCGGGAUUUUUUGGCCACCAUCGUUUCCUGGUGGUCGAUGUCCAGGUUGCCAAUACAGCUGAGGAUGGCCACGAAACCAUAAAUUUCAACAGAAUUCGUUUCUUUAUCAAAGCAGCCCCAGUGGAGAAUGUUUCCCGCAUGGAUUAUUUGGAAGAAUUUGGAGUCUACAAAAAGGAAAUAAUGGUCUAUCGAGAUGUUCUACCAGCACUGCAGAAAAUAUUUCCCGGAGUGGCGCCCAAGUGUUAUUAUGCCGAUAAUAAUUUGUUAGUUUUCGAGGAGUUACAACAAAUGGGUCAUAAAAUGGCUGCCGGCAGGGAUGGCCUAUUGGACUAUGAGCAUUUGCAGAGUGCAGUGAAGACACUGGCCCGCCUGCAUGCAGCUUCGAUGGCGUUUGAGUAUCAACACAAUGUGAAAAUUAAUGAAAUUUAUCCUUUAGCCACCAAAGAAGAUGCCUAUCCCGAGAAUUUGCCUACCACUCACGUACGCUAUCAAAAUUUCGUCAAUGGUCUGGAGGUGUUUGGUGAAUUAAUUAAACAAAUGCCGAAAUAUGAGAAGCAUGUGGAUUAUAUUUUAGCGAACUUGAAAUCCAAAAUGUCAAUAAUAUUCCAACUGGCUCAACCCUCAAAGGAAUUUCGAAAUGUCUUCUCACAUGGUGAUUUAUGGGCCAAUAAUAUGAUGUACAAAUUAUCAGAUGAUAAUUCCCUGGAAUGUCGUUUAGUGGAUUUUCAAUUAUCCCGUUAUGCACCACCAAUGUUGGAUUUAAUAACCCUACUCACCAUACCCACUUCACGGGAAUUUCGUUCGAAGUACCUUAUGCAAUUGUUGCAGGAUUAUUAUGGAUUCCUGAGGGAAUUUUUAAAACUUAAACAUCUGGAUAUUGAGGAGCUCCUAAGUCCCGCGGAAUUUUGGCAUACAUUUGAACUGUAUCGCAUUUGUGGCCUUAUCGAAAGUUGUUUCUUUUGUCAUUUCAUAAUUUUACCUGUGGAAUUGACUCAGUGCCUAACGGCGACCACUGAGGGUUUCAGUGAUUUCUUCGCCCGUAAACGUGUGGAAAUAUGUCUCAAGGUAUUCCACACGGAUGAAAUCUAUAGGCGGAGAUUAACUGAUAUGUUGGAGGAUUUGGUGGAUAAUUAUAUUCUGGAGAAGGGGGGAGAAGAAAAAUGA